AUGGCCCUGUCGCCGCUCAAGGACUGGCCGAGCGAGCUACUUCUGUCUCUCUUGGAGUUGCUACCCUUGAACGACUUGCUCUCCAUGACGAGUGUCAACAAAGCCAUUCGCACCCUAGCCCUGCCUCUGGUCUACUCGACGGUUGAGGUACGCUGGACCUGGCAUCGCCUGCCGCCUGUUAUCCUGCUCCUGCAAAGUCUUCUCGAGCGACCCGAGCUGUCUGGCUACAUCCGCAACCUGCGCCUCGUGGGAAAUGGGUUCGACGACAGGCCCGAACUCGAGGAGCCGCCCAUCGUCCCCCUCGGCGCUCAUCUGCUCAGCAAGGCAUCCGAGGUCAUCGAAUCCACCAGAGUACCAUUCACUAGGUUUUGGAUCGAUGAGCUGCACUCUGGCAGCGUCGACGCCAUAGUGGCACUACUUGUCGCCAUGGCGCCGAAUCUAACGGCUCUUCAUCUUGGACCCAACUUUACUGUUCGAAGCCGACUCUGGGGAGGCAUGUUUCGAUACGCUCUUUCCGGGCCACCAAACAGUUACAAAUUACCGACAUAUCAUAACCUACGCUUGGUCGAGGCCAGUUGGAGGACAAAAGAAUGGCACCACAAUACCGUCUGCAACGCGGCGGAGGUUCUUGCCCUGUUUUAUCUUCCGCGAAUCCAAAACCUAUCCGUAUCGAUUGACAACCCGGUCGAAUUCGCCUGGCCUUUUUCGCACCCGCCAGCCCCCUCCUCUCUCGUGUCGCUAGACAUCUUCCGGCUGCGCGAAUCACGCAUCGGCCCCGUGCUCUCGGUUCUCAAGGGACUCCAAAGGCUGCAUUGGCACUGGUCGUAUCAGCCAGAUCUCGACGAAGAGGUCAGCAAAGGCGUGCUGGACCUUGACACGGCAGCGAUAGCAUUGAACCAGGUUGCCGCCACGCUCACCGACUUGACGAUUGGUGCCAUCACGCGCCCCAGGAUAUCGGACGGGGAUUACGACCCUCCUCCGCUGGAGCUCCGGGGAUCACUAGAUGGACUUUCCCGCCUGAGUAAGCUUAGAAAACUACGUCUCCCAUGGGUCUUCCUGAUGGGUUUUUCGAAAUCACCCGCUAGGAACCUCUUGAGUGCGCUUCCUUUGAGCCUGGAGCUGCUUGAGCUGACGGCAGACUUGGAUGACCAUGAGGAAUGGGAAUGGCAUGACGACGAUUCUAUUAUCAACGCCAUCAAACUACAGCUUACAAGUCAGUCCAUAUCGCGCUACACUUGUCUGCGGCGCAUUGUUCUGCCAAUUCCUUCCGAGUUUAGCGAAAUGACGGAGCAGCGCGAAAAGGAGCUAUUCACCAUUGGCACGAGGGCGGGACUCGAGUUGGGGUGGAUCGAGGAGUCUGAAGAUGAGGAAGAAGAAUACUAG